AUGACGACGACCUCUACACCACCAGACUUUGACCCUAAGAACAUGCUGUUCCGGAGGCUAGGGCCCAGUGGGUUGAGAGUACCGUUAUUUUCUCUCGGCGGAUGGCUAACGUACGGGGGUACUGUUGUCGGUGACCCAGUCAAGGAACUCAUCAAGCUAGCAUUCGAGAAUGGCAUCAACAUGUUCGACACCGCAGAGGCUUACGCCAAGGGCAAGUCUGAAAUAGAAAUGGGUCGUGCCAUUAAAGAACUCGGAUAUCGCAGGUCGGAUCUCGUGAUAUCGACCAAAAUUUUCUUUGGGUUACGCUCUGGACCUAAUGACGGUGGCCUGUCUCGGAAACAUAUCAUUGAGGCCACUCAAGAGAGUCUUGCCCGCCUUCAGAUGGAUUACGUCGACGUGAUAUUUGCCCACCGACACGAUCCUAAUGUUCCAAUGGAGGAAAUUGUCCGGGCCUUCAACUACGUGAUUGACAAGGGUUGGGCCUUUUAUUGGGCAACAUCGGAAUGGAGCGCGCGCGAAAUAGAGGAAGCGUAUCACGUUGCUGAUAGACUCGGCCUUCAAGGUCCCAUAGCUGAGCAGUGCCAACACCACAUGCUUCAUCGCGAACGACCUGAAAAGGAAUAUGCUCCACUGUACAAGAAGUAUGGUAUCAGCACUACCACAUGGUCGUCUCUAGCUAGUGGGCUUCUAACCGGAAAGUACAACAACGGAAUUCCUCCCGGUUCGCGCUUCGACCUUAAUGCCGAUUUUUUCAAGGAUACUCGCGCCUCCCUCACAUCCCCUGAAGGGCAAGAGAAGAUCCGCAAAGUCAAAGAGCUCACCAAGAUCGCUGAAGAGCUUGGUGCUUCGACUGCAGCUCUGGCUCUUGCGUGGGUAGCGAAGAACACUAAUACAGGAACUGUUAUCUUAGGCGCGACGAAGCCUGAGCAAUUGUUAGAUAACCUGAAGGCCCUGGAGGUACUGCCGAAGUUGACGGAUGAUGUAUUGGCAAGGAUCGAGGAAGUGUUGGACAACAAGCCGGCGCCUUUGCCAUCGUACAGUAGACCUCCUUUGGAUCCUUUGGUGAAGGACCGCUUUUGA